AUGACGUUAGAAUUUUUAUCACUAAAUGAAGCACGCAAAAAUCUUAUUUGUUUGUGUUCCGAUGCUGAAACUGAAUCUUUGGCUGUGAAAUUACAUGAAAUUGACAAAUCAUUUAACUUCUAUUCAAAUAUUCAAAUAUGUGUAACAGAACUGAAAUUGAUCCAAAAUGAGAAAAUUCUUCUUAUUGCUUCGAAUUCGUUCAUGACUCAAAUUAUUUCUUCGAUUAAUUUAUUUCGUCGCAUUGAUUAUCUCUUUGUAUAUCAUCCAAACGAAGAAGAAGACAAUGAAUUCAAUUUUCAUCAAGAAUUGAAUAUCAUUGGUGUUUAUCAUCAGAUGUCUUCGUUGUUAUCAUCAGUUAAGGAACAAAUCGCUUUCAUUAAUAGUCAAUUAUCUUCUCUGGCAUUUUUUACCGAGAACAAAUACGAAAAUCAAGAUUUAUCGAAACAAGCCAAUGAUUUUCUAUGGAUUCAUCUAUUUCGUUCGGUCAUCUGCGACUUUUCACGAGACGACAAAGCUAAAAAAGAAAUGUUCGAUGCCUAUCGAGUCUAUUUGGACAAGAAUUGUGACGAACUUGAUUUGCUGGACGAUUUCGAAGGUGAAUACAAAUCAAAAGACGCCAUUGAUUGUUACCGAAAGAAUUGUUCACUUCGACUAAUGGUUUGUAACGCAUUUCAAACAAAGAACAUCACUCAACUGUAUCAUUUGCGAUAUUUUCUCAAUGAUUUGAUCGAAUCUUUGUCACACCAACGAUCAAACGAAGAAAAUCUGAGCUUUUCUCAACAAAUCCGAUUAUCACACAAUGAAAUAAAAUAUUUCAAAGAAAAUCAAGGCAAAUUCAUGACAAGUAAAGGAUUUUUGUAUUUAAAUAGUUCAACUUCCAAAAUUCGACGCAACGAUUCAAUUGAUGUGACAUUUAAAUUUGAAUGUAACUCGAAAACGAACUUGACUUUUGUUCGAUUCAAUGAAAAUGAAGUUUUAUUCGAUCUAAAUGCAACAUUUCUAUUAGAGAAAAUCACCGAAAAUCAUCAAAAAUGUUCGAUUCGAUUAACUGCAGUGAACGACGGUCAACAAAUUGUCAAAAAAUAUGUCAAAGAUACAAGCAAUCUAAUAGAAAAUUUAAAUCUUCGAACCGUUUUCGGCAAACUAAUGUUUGAUAUGAAUCAAUGGAAUGAAUUACAAGUAUAUUUUCAAUAUUUACUAAAUCAUUUUCCCAAUGGAGAUAUCCAAUGGAUUAAGUAUUUCCUUGGUCAAAUUUGUCAAUUGAAAGGACAAUGGAAUGAAGCAAAACGAUUUUACGAACGAAUAAUGAAGACAAUUCCAACUGGAACGAAAGAUUCUGCUUUGAUUCUUUCGAGUAUCGGAGAAAUUUUGCAUUUACAAGGAAAAUAUGAAGAUGCCGAAGAAAUUCAUCGAAAAGCAUUGGAAAUCAGACGGAAUUCUUAUGCAUCAACUCAUCCACUUAUCGCUAAUAGUUUAGUAAAUCUCGCUCGAAUUUAUCGUCGAAAAUCAAAAGACGACAAGGCACUCGCCACCUUUAAAGAAGCUUUAACAAUUCAAGAAGAAUGUUACAAACAUUCUCAUGUUGAUAUUGCGAUGAAUUUGAAUAACAUUGCCACUACUCUACUCUUUCAAGGAAUGAUCAAAGAAGCCGAUAGNGCGUUAAGUUCGAAUGUCGGAAAAGUGUAUGAAGCAAUACAAUUGUUGUGA